ACGGAAGCUUAGAGAACCAAUCACAGCGACGUGGAGGCAGGAACAAUGGGGGUUAAAGGUCGAACGGAAGUUCCCGAAGCUUCCGGUGGCCGGCUUAGUUAGGAGCUAUGGCUAAACAUCAUCCGGAUUUGAUCUUUUGCCGCAAGCAGGCUGGUGUUGCCAUCGGAAGACUGUGUGAAAAAUGUGAUGGCAAGUGUGUGAUUUGUGACUCCUAUGUGCGUCCCUGCACUCUGGUGCGCAUAUGUGAUGAGUGUAACUAUGGAUCUUACCAGGGGCGCUGUGUAAUCUGUGGAGGACCUGGGGUCUCUGAUGCCUAUUAUUGUAAGGAGUGCACCAUCCAGGAGAAGGACAGAGAUGGCUGCCCAAAGAUUGUCAAUCUGGGGAGCUCUAAGACAGACCUCUUCUAUGAACGCAAAAAAUACGGCUUCAAGAAGAGGUGAUUGGUGGGUGGCCCCUUCCUCCCCCCAACAUCAGUCUGCUGCAGCUGCCAGAAAACAUGCCUACUACUACCAGCAGAAAGGGAGCAGAGCCCAGAGCAUCACCAGGAGUGCCUGCUAGUGUACUGGCAGCUUGCCACCCCCUCCUCUCCCUUCACCCAGACACGUGGUAGGGAUGGAAAAGGAUUCUUCACAGAGCACUCUGGCACGCCAUAUCGGAGAAAAGUUGAUAGAUUAGUUAAUGGUUUUUCUUGAAUUUGAGAAGCAAAGAUCUGUUCUCCAUAUUGGUAUGUUCUCCCUCAACCAAGAUCUUCUAAAAAGAAAUAAUUUUAGUCUUCUGCUUGCGGAGUUGACUGAAGCAACGCCCAGUGAAAAACAUAUUCUUGCAGCAGCUCUGGUGGCAGCUGUCCUUGAAGAACCUUCGGUGUAUGGUGGGAAGCUAUCAGAACAAGAAAUGUAGGCAUUUCCCUUUUUUUUUUGGGGGGGGGGGUGCAGGCUCUGCCCUCUUGAAAGGCAUUUACUUGUUUAACACUUGUGCUGGUGUCAUGUUAUUUUCCUUUUGAGAAAUUGGAAACUCUUUGUGUUGCUAUUAUAUUAAUAAAGUUGGUGUUUAUUUUCUGGUA